UAAUGGUUGGACUCCCGCGACGACUCCAUAUUACAAAUAUGUAAUGUUUGAGGCACCUAUUUUUCUCAAGAACUGCAUCACACUCUUCCAAAUAUGGCCUAUUACGUGUUUUUCUUCACACUAUUAUUUUGCACCACAAAUCUGCACACCAUCGUGAAAUCACUCGACACAAAUACAAAAACAUACAUUAUUCAUGUUGGGUUGCCUCCCAGUCCCAGCACCACCGCCACCAACGAUUUCGAUUUGGAUGCAUUGUACCACUCAUUUCUCCCAUCACCAUUAUCCACCUCAUCCACCUCCGAUGACGACGAGCCCCACAUCGUACACUCCUACCACAACGUCUUCCACGGCUUCGCAGCCCGGCUGACGCCGGAGCAAGCAAAGGCCAUGGAGACGAAGCCCGGCUUCAUCUCCGCCCGGCCGGAGAAAACGCUGCCCCUCCACACAACCCACUCGCCCAACUUCCUCGGACUGACUCCCAACACGGGGCUUUGGAGGGACACCAGCUACGGCCGAGGCGUCAUCAUCGGCGUGCUCGACAGCGGCAUAAACCCCGACCACCCCUCCUUCCACGACGACGGGAUGCCCCCGCCGCCCUCCAGGUGGAAGGGGAAGUGUGAGUUCACCGGAGCCGCCGCGUGCAACAACAAGCUCAUCGGCGCGAGAUACUUCAGCCCCGGCGACGGCACGCCGCACGACGAGAACGGACACGGCACGCACACUGCGAGCACCGCCGCCGGGAACUUCGUGAGAGGCGCCGGCGUAUUCGGGAAUGCGAAUGGAACCGCGGCCGGGAUUGCACCUAUGGCGCACGUAGCCAUGUAUAAAGUGUGCGAUGUAAGAUGCCCCGAGAGCAGUAUUCUGGCGGGAAUGGACGCCGCCAUAGACGACGGCGUGGACGUGCUUUCGCUCUCUCUCGGCGGGCUUUCCCGGUAUUUUGACUUAGACAGCGUGGCGGUGGGAUCUUUUUCCGCAGCGGAAAGAGGCAUAUUUGUAAGCGCGGCAGCUGGAAACAGAGGCCCGAGUCGUGGUGUCGUUGAAAACGGUGCUCCGUGGGUUCUCACAGUGGGCGCAACCACUACUGAUCGGAAAAUAAGUGCUGCAGUAGUGCUCGGAGACAACCAAGAGUUUCAAGGCGAAUCCACAUUUCAGCCGCCCGAUUUUCCCUCAACUCUGUUUUCUCUUGUUUAUCUCAGCUCUACGAACGUAUCUUGCGCGCCGGAAUCGUUCACAAACGUUGAUGUACAGGGGAAAAUCGUUCUCUGUGAAAACGACAGAUUAUCAGAACCAAUAGAGAAAGGGCAAGCAGUGAAGAACGCCGGCGGCGCUGCCAUGAUUGUGAUAAACCAGCAGCAAGACGGUUACACCACAAAUUCUGAGUCCCAUGUAAUUCCAGCAUCGCAUCUCAGCUACGCAGAUGGGUUGAAGAUUAAAACCUACUUGACCUCAACAACAUCUCCAACUGCCGGAAUUUCAUUCAAAGGAACCAUGAUCGGCGACCAGAAUUCCCCAGCACUAGCAUCGUUUUCCUCCCGCGGCCCGAACCUGCCCAGCCCCGGCAUCCUUAAGCCCGACGUCGUCGGCCCGGGUCACAACAUCCUGGCAGCAUGGCACGUCUCUGUGGAAAACAACCCCAACACCAACUCCAACUUCAACAUAAUUUCCGGGACCUCAAUGGCCUGCCCUCACCUCAGCGGCGCCGCCGCUUUGCUGAGGGCGGCGCACCCUGAUUGGUCGCCGGCAGCCAUCAAGUCCGCCAUCAUGACCACAGCCGAUGGAGUGAACCUCGGAGGAAAUCCGAUCCAAGAUCUGACGACUCUACGGGGGGCUAAUGUGUUUGGAAUAGGGUCGGGUCAUGUCAACAUAAUAAAAGCUGCGGAUCCUGGUCUGGUUUACGACAUCCUUCCGCAAGACUACUUGUCGUAUCUUUGUGGACUGAACUACACGGACCAGCAGGUCGGGAUAAUCGCUAGCCGCCCCGUCAGUUGUUCGGAGAUAUCGAGCAUUUCAGAGGGGGAGUUGAAUUAUCCGUCGUUUUCUGUUUUUCUUGAGAAUACUCCGCAGAGUUAUAACAGGACGGUCACCAAUGUUGGCGAGGCCGACGCGGUAUACACCGCCAGAAUCACUGGAUUGCCGGGUGUCGAGGUGAAGGUGGAGCCCACGAGUCUCCAGUUUUCGGGGCUCAACCAGAAAUUGAGCUACCAAACAACGUUUACUAGGUUGAGUAAUGCAACUAGUGGAGUGGCUUUUCAAGCAUUCCUUACUUGGACUUCUUCUAAGCACUCUGUCAGUAGUCCUAUUGUUGUUUAUCUUUUUUGAAUUUGAAAGAAUUUUGUCAUGAUUUUAUGAUCGGUUAUUAUAUUGAAUAAGGAAUUGAUAUUGU